UUGCUCGCGGACCCCACCCGGGUCCAGGCCGGACGUUGCGGGAGUGGGGUCCAGGAUUUGAAGUCGCGCAAGAUCUGGGCUAGGGUCGGCCCUUUCUCCUCCCGGGACGUUGGGGAGCGCGCCGCCCGCGCCCGGAAGGGAUGGCCUCGGGGCUGACCGCGUCGAGCCCGCGUGUGAGCAAUCCAGUCCAGCAUCGUCCCAGACAUAGCAGUUGGUACAAAGCGGGGAUCUGACGAGCUCUUCUCUACGUGUGUCACCAACGGCCCCUUUAUCAUGAGCAGCAACUCUGCCUCUGCAGCAAACGGAAAUGACAGCAAGAAGUUCAAAGGUGACAAUAGGAGCACGGGCGUCCCCUCCAGAGUGAUCCACAUCCGCAAGCUGCCUGGCGACGUGACAGAGGGCGAGGUGAUCUCCCUGGGGCUGCCCUUCGGGAAGGUCACCAACUUGCUCAUGCUUAAGGGCAAGAACCAGGCCUUCAUCGAGAUGAACACGGAGGAGGCAGCCAACACCAUGGUGAACUACUACACAUCCGUGCCGCCCGUGCUGCGCGGCCAGCCCAUCUACAUCCAGUUCUCCAACCACAAGGAGCUCAAGACCGACAGCUCCCCGAACCAGGCACGGGCCCAGGCGGCGCUGCAGGCCGUGAACUCCGUGCAGUCGGGAAACCUGGCCCUGGCGGCGUCGGCGGCCGCUGUGGACGCGGGUCUGGCCAUGGCAGGGCAGAGCCCGGUGCUGCGCAUCAUCGUGGAGAACCUCUUCUACCCGGUCACGCUCGACGUGCUGCACCAGAUCUUUUCCAAGUUUGGCACCGUCCUGAAGAUCAUCACCUUCACCAAGAACAGCCAGUUCCAGGCGCUGCUGCAGUACGCGGACCCCGUGAGCGCACAGCACGCCAAGCUGUCCCUGGACGGGCAGAACAUCUACAACGCCUGCUGCACGCUGCGCAUCGAUUUCUCCAAGCUCACCAGCCUCAACGUGAAGUACAAUAACGACAAGAGUCGCGACUACACACGCCCUGACCUGCCCUCGGGCGACAGCCAGCCCUCGCUGGACCAGACCAUGGCGGCAGCCUUCGGUGCACCGGGUAUAAUCUCGGCCUCUCCGUAUGCAGGAGCGGGGUUCCCUCCCACCUUUGCCAUCCCUCAAGCCGCAGGCCUGUCUGUCCCCAAUGUGCACGGAGCGCUGGCGCCCCUGGCCAUCCCUUCGGCGGCAGCAGCGGCUGCAGCAGCUGGCCGCAUCGGCAUCCCAGGCCUGGCGGGGGCCGGGAACUCAGUCCUGCUGGUCAGCAACCUGAACCCUGAGAGAGUCACACCCCAAAGCCUCUUUAUUCUUUUCGGAGUCUAUGGUGACGUGCAGCGGGUGAAGAUCCUGUUCAACAAGAAGGAGAACGCGCUGGUGCAGAUGGCGGACGGGAGCCAGGCCCAGCUGGCCAUGAGCCACCUGAACGGGCACAAGCUGCACGGGAAGCCCAUCCGCAUCACGCUGUCCAAGCAUCAGAACGUGCAGCUGCCGCGUGAGGGCCAGGAGGACCAGGGCCUGACCAAGGACUACGGCAACUCGCCGCUGCACCGCUUCAAGAAGCCCGGCUCCAAGAACUUCCAGAACAUCUUCCCGCCCUCGGCCACACUGCACCUCUCCAACAUCCCGCCCUCGAUAUCAGAGGAAGACCUCAAGAGCCUCUUCUCCAGCAAUGGUGGCGUUGUCAAGGGCUUCAAGUUCUUCCAGAAGGACCGCAAGAUGGCCCUGAUCCAGAUGGGCUCAGUGGAGGAGGCCGUGCAGGCCCUCAUCGAUCUGCACAACCACGACCUGGGCGAGAACCACCACCUGCGGGUGUCCUUCUCCAAGUCCACCAUCUAGGCCAGGCCUGCGGCCGGGCGUCCUGGCACCAACUUCCGUCAUUCCAGAAAAAGCCACUUUAAAAAGCAGCUGAAGUGACCUUAACAGACCAGAGAUUUUAUUUUUUUAAAAGAGAAAUCAGUUUACCUGUUUUUAAAAAAAUUAAAUCGAGUUCACCUUGCUGACCUUGCGGUGAAGGGACAGCUCAGGCGCCCGGGGCUGUAGCGGCGAUCUGGCUGCCCUGGCCGGGCGGGCCGAUGGGAGGGCACCCCGACCACAGCCCGCACCCCGUGCCUUAACCCCUUCCGCCCAGGGCUAUGCAGGCCGGGUGGCUCUGCCCGCUGCCCCGCGCAGCCUGCUCCCUCCCGCCAGAUCAUGUGCCCGGCGCAGGUGGAGCCCUCGGCCCCCACCCAGCCCUAAUCAAGUGAUGGCCCAGUGAUUCUCCGCAUUGCCGGGCCACGGCGUAAUCUCUGCCCGCGCAGUGGCUGCCCAAGCUGUGCCUAGCAACGCCCAAAUGACCAAAUAUCCUAGUCUUUUCGUUUAUAUGCAAUAGUUUUGAGUAACUUUUUUAUAGCAAGAUAUCAUGGUAUGAGUGUAAUCCGAGCUUCUAUUACUUUGUAUGCUGUCCUUUUAUUUUAUUCCUUGUAAUUACUGAAGUCACAGGCAGGAUCCGGUCUCAGAACUGGCGGCGCCCGCCGCCCCUCCACCUGCAGUUGCCUUACAGGGCGCCCCUGGCCUGGAGCAGAGCGGGCUGUCCAGGGCGCCUCCGCUCCCUUCCGACUUUUGGACCAAAGUUUCCUUUCUGUUUCUCUGCCUCUGAGGCGGGGGGCCCGGGCGGCGGGGUUCAGCCCCCGCCCCCACCCACCGUUCUCCUGGCCGCCCCAGCAGCGGCAGGGUCUCCCUGCGGCACGUAACAAGGGUGUAAAUAUUUGUGGUUUUUUUUAUACCUGUUGUGGGUGCGGGGCAGCGCAGCGCACGCGGUUUUUUACGGUGACAGAUGUAUAUUUUGAUAACGGCAGUUACAGGUGAGCCGUGGCCACACAUUCCAUGCGCCUUGCCCAGGGCUCGCCCGAGGGGGACCUGGCCAGGCCGCCGCCCGGCGCAGCCUCCCCUGUACCCCCCUCACUGUUCACUUGUAGACGAGGCAGCCGGCCAGUCUGUACCUGGACUCCGAAUAAAUUUCUAUGUCCUGCA